AAAACCAGGAAGUAAAUAUCCAUUUAACAAAGCUCUCAUUCAAAAAUGGCGACGGGCAGGCAUGUUUACAUCUAUUUCCUUGUCAACAUACUUACAAGAUCAACUGAAGCUGAAUUUAUAACAAGGAAGGUUUGUGUAGAAAAAGUUUUAUCGUUUGUAAAGGAGCAAACUCCUUACUCGUGUGAAACAUUUUCCGCAGUUGACGCAAAAGAACAGCUUCAAGGAGAAACGAUAUGUAAAGACACAUGUGAAGUUGCAUUCACAUUGACUGGAAUUGAUUCUAGUACAAAAUAUCACUUUAAAAAGGCUAUUCUGGAAUUUGUCGGCAAUAAUCACACACGUUAUCUGAACAAUUAUUGCACAUCUCAUCCAGUAGAAUACUUUCUGAUACGCUGCGUUUCAUGGGAAACAGGAUUGUUCCUCAGAAAAUUGGAUAUAUCAGGCAGCACAGCGCGAUGUCUGUUUUGGACACAAUUUGUGUAUGCGUGCUAUUGUAAAACCAAUUAUGUAUUCGCCAAUGGAUAUUGUCUUGAAGGUCAUAUUGUGAUCGGAAAUACCUGUUUCUCGGAUUUGCAAUGUACCGGGAGUGAAAACUCUGGAUUAUGUAGCAGUGGUGUGUGCUCAUGUCGGAAAGGAUAUUUUUCGUACAACUACCAAUGCUAUCCAGAAAAUGCUAUUGAGGCUGGAAGAUGUGUUUUGAAUAAACAAUGCACAGCCAAUGGCAACACCCAAUCGAAACGCAUAUGUAUUGAUGGAACAUGUGUUUGUGAAGAAGGCUAUACUCUAAUCCAAUACACAUGUCAUGAAGUCAACUUGUCUUUGAACCAGUCGUGUAUCGUCAAUGACCAGUGUUCAGGAUUUCCAUAUGCUAUUUGCCUUGAUGGGAAAUGUUCUUGUAUUCACGGAUAUAUCGCUGAAAAUUCAACGCAUUGUGUGUUAAAGAAUAAGGUGGAGGUUGGAAGUUGCAUUGAUGAUCAGCAAUGCAAAGAAAAUGAUAACCCAAACUCCAAUCGCGUGUGCAUUAACGGGAUGUGUGUUUGUGAAGACGGAUAUACCCUGUUAGAGCACACAUGUCUUGAAGUAAACCUUUCCUUGAAUCAGUCAUGCUUCGUCAACAACCAAUGUUUUGGAUCACCUUAUGCUAGUUGUCUUGAAGGAAAAUGCUCUUGUAUCAAAGGAUAUACAGCUGUAAAUACCACGGAUUGCAUGUUGACUCAAAUUGUUUUGAACGACGCUAGCUUACAGACAGAAAAUCUAGAAUCAACAAUUAACAACAUGGGCCCUAUAUUAGGAGCAUUAUUUGGUGGACUUCUUCUCGGUGUAUUCCUAGCAUCAGGCAUUAUUUACUACAUGUACAAAAGAUCUUUUCACAGCAACAAUAAACGAAAGCAGCCUGGAGUGUUGUAUGUUGUCAAUGAUACAUACAAGGAUGUCAGAGAUGAUAACACUGUUCUGAAUAAAGUUUCUUCAAAAAUAAAUAAGGAAAAGCAGAAAAAAGUUCUAAAUGUGUCUCCUCUCACUCGUUCACAAGAAUCACCAGAAUACUGCAACACUUCCGGAAAACAAUCUGCAGCGGCUCUAAUGGAUGAUGUGUACAACCAUCUGAACGAGAUAAAGGAAACUGUAAACGAGAACACAUACGACCAUGCAUGCGCAGUAUCUGCAAAGAGUCAGAAUAAAGAUUUGGACGAUUAUAGUUACCUCCGUGGUAUAAAUGGUAACACUGUUGUGUCUGGUGGAACUGGAGAUGAUAAUUAUUCGACCUUAGAACAUAAUUAGUUGACCAAACGAUAACUUUUUAAUGAGGCUUUGAGCAAAAUUCAACAUCUACUCAAAAAGCAUUAAAUUGUUUUUUAUUUUAAUAUUUUAUUCAUAUUUUAACACAUUUUAAUGUUUGCUUUUUGUAUACCCUUAUUUGGUGCUCAUUAUUUGAGAACACUUUGAUACUUGAUGAAGUUAUGUAAUUUAAGGUUUAAAAAACAAUUAAAAUGUGUGAAAUUAUAAUGGACACAAUGCAAUACAAUGAGAAUUAUCUAAAAAUGGAACAAUGUGAUGAUUUCUCUGGCGGUGGAUAUGCGUAAAAAUGUUAAUGGACUGGAUAGUGCAAAUGUAUUAGACUUACAAUGUAUUUUUCCGCAACUAUUAAAGUAAGUUUGAAUAUAUAUUUUUUAUGCAGUU